AUUUCCUCUUUUCCUCUCAUAUAUGCUGCUUGGCUUGUCUAUAAGGUCGUUUCAUUUUCUUUAGGAAAAGGAGCCUUAGUCUCCCAAAUGCUAAGUUGAUGCCCUUCCCUAGAAGUCUUUCCAUUCACUGAGUUGGCCUGAAGGUCAUAAAACCAUAAUCAAUAUGAAGGCUGGGUGCUGCAAGGUGCAAAUUGACAGACCCAAAGAGGAACAGUGUCAACAAUCAAUAGAGAAGAGAGUACAGGUGGAUUUACGACUUUGAUUUUGGAAAAGGCAUGGGAAUGCCCAGUGAUGCUUUUCCCUGUGCUCUGUUUGAAUGUUAAUGUUUUCUUGAGGAUGAUUUCAGACACACUGCUAGGAUACUGCCUCUACUCACUGAAGCAGAAUCCUCUUAAGAGUUGCUGAGGCAGAACUGAAAUCAUGGCUUGCCUCAAAGAAGCAGCUGUAUUGACCGCUAACGAUGCUCACAUAGAAAGACGAUGCUCCUUUAACUAGAGGUUUUAAUGGGGAGUUUCUAAGCCUGAAACAGCAGCUCUAGAGCUGGGGUGUGCCAUCAGCUGCUCAUAACUACCACUGCCUACUGCUUGAACUCGGCUUGAUCGGGAAGAAUGGAAACUAAACAUGCUUCUAACUACCUGUAAAUGUUCCACCAGGAAAUGGAUCAAGCAUUUGAUCAGCCAGACCCAGCAUUUACAAAGGAAACUGACAGAGGGAGGAUACAGAUGCACUGCAUGAUGGGGAAGGGCCCUCAGGACCAAACACUGCUAUAACUCAACCUCUCCAGGGAGCAACCACCAUGAAUUCCGCAGACUGAUGAUGGAAAAAAGGGGAACCAGGAGAUUCUGUGCUCAGGAUUCCCUGGACGAUGGAUGGAGGACAGGCCGGCCCUACGCCCUUGGUGCCCCAUGGAAACUUAUCAGAUUCUAGCAUGUCUCUUGAACAGAAAACAACAUUCGUUUUUGUGAUUUUGUUGUUUAUCUUCUUGGGUAUCCUCAUUGUCAGGUGCUUUCGGAUUCUUCUAGACCCGUACCGGAGCAUGCCAACCUCAACCUGGGCUGAUGGUCUUGAAGGCCUGGAGAAAGGACAAUUUGACCAUGCCCUUGCUUAGCAGGAACAUAGCAGCAUCUCCCAAGAGGUGAAGGGCUUCAUGACUGGGCAAAUAUUCCUUUUUGCUAACGUUCUCAACAAAUCAAAUUUUAACACUAUCUGGUCCUAGGAAAAUGAUUCAUUUCACAAACGUGCACUCGGGUUAUAGGUUUCUUAUUUGAGGAUGACGGAAAGUUUACAUUACUAACCCGAAAUAGGAAGGUAUAAAUGUCUUCGGUUACUGCAUGUUGCUGAAGGUACGAUUGUAAAACCAAGAACACCAACACUGAUGUAGACUUUGCUAUAAAGCAAAGCACUGCUUCAUCAGAACAGAGAAAAAUAGAUUAGAAAAAAUCUGAACUGAGUCUGAGGACCUGGCUCAAAAGAGACUACCUUCCUCUAACCAUGUCUCCCAGUUUUAUCUUGUAGGCGUCUGGGCAGAUGGAGGAAGACUGUGUGGAGACAGUCUCAAGUGGCUUUUCCUUUCCUUCCGAAGCAGGGAGCACUGGGAAGACAUGGUUCUUUCCUUAGUGACCACCAAUGAGAAUAUCACUUUAGUUUUUAAGUAAAAUUCAAUUCAAAGGGUACAGAGUUUUGAAAUUCUCUACUGGGCCUAGUAGUCUCUGUUUAUGACUAACACCUAUAGAGGCACAUACUUAUAGCUUGAACUUACCUUCCGUAGUGAUGGAAGCAAUCAGUUGCAACUACAAUUUCAAGAUUUUCUUCCCAAGGGAAGCGAAUUGGUUAGUGGGGAGAAGACUUAAAAUUGUAAGAGGAACACAGGUGUAUGACAACAUGUAGUCACCAAAUAAAACUUUUCAAGAAACAGUGACAUUUCCUCUCAUUUCACCAAGACUGGUGUACUAAGGAUGAUGUGUGGACUGAAUGGUAACAUUUUCCCAAGAAAGAAGAAAACAAGCAAGAAGAAGGAAUGAUCCUCCAGUUCGAGUCAUUCCUAUCCUGUUUCAUGAAGGACACCUACAAACUGUUCUGCACAGAUACAGCCUAUUCGAGAAGGGGCUUAUUAGGAAUGAGGAGGGGAAUUGGGGAAGGAACAGGUGGACAAAGGAGGGAAACAAACGGCAUCAAUAUACUUGUAUGAAAAUGUCACAGUGGUGCACAAGUAGUGAAAGAAGGCCUGUGACCAAAGCAUUGUUCAAAUGACACCUCAGAAUUAUCUGGGGAGCUUAAUAUAUAUACCGUUUUAUUAUAAAUGUAUAAAACUCAUGGUAAGAAUCUAUGAAACAAUAUGGAAGAACAUAAAAAGAAAUACCAGUCUCAGACACACGGUGAUUGAGAUUAGCCUGGAAUACAUGAGAGCCCGUUAAAUUAGCAUGUAAACAAAAAGAACCAGUCAAAAUCCUACCUUAGAUUACCUCACACCUCACUUCCUCCAGGAUAUACCACAGCCUUCAUCUAAGGGGUUGAUUCUAUAGAUUUGGGUUAGUGAACAAUAGGAAGUAGAGAGAGAGAUGGGUGUGGGCCAUAAAAUGAAGUGAAGAAAAUGUCCCAGGAGAUGGUAGUUCAGUGUGAUAAUUCCUAUCUAUGUGCUUGGUAUAAAGCUUAUGUAAUGCAAGUUAUAAAAUAAAUUAGACCUUGACCUAAGAGGACACAGGUGUCUUGGAUGUGUUCAAGGAGAGGGAGGAGGGCAAACCACAGAAUAAGGAGGUGGUGGAGGUGCUGACACAAGUGAGGGAGUCGGGACUAGGAGAGCCUGGCUGGAGUGGACAGUGAGGAGGUGGGAGGAACUUGGGAGGGACAACAGUGGCUCUGGCACCCACUGGUGGUGUUGGGAGACUUUGUAGACUAAUGAGAGGCAAGAUGGAAUGAAGGGCUGUGUGGUAGUUCUGGCUUCUACUUCUUCCUCAGGGUAACGCCAGGUUCUAUUUUUAUAAGGGGAAUAGACAGAAAUAGCCACCUGCCCUCUGUGAGGCCUUUAACUCUAGGCAUUGCCAGAACGCGCCCCAGGCUGCCCCAAGCUUGCUCUUCUUGCCUGCUCCCUUUCCGCCCUACUCUAGUUUUCCUUUUUGUUCUCAGCUUGCACUUCCUUGUUCCAUCUCCCCUCACUGAGUCUUCCCUGAUCCUGCA